AUGCGACUGCUGUUUGACAGUGGUGCUGCUAUCAGCGCAGCUGGUGGACGCUACGGGGACGCUCUACGGGCUGCCUGUAUUCGAGGUGACUUGCAGGCUGUCAAGCUUCUCCUCUAUCAUGGCGCUCAGUAUGAUAAUUUAGUUGGACGUUUCGGCACUGCUCUUCAAGCCGCUUCGUGGGCAGGCAAGAGUGACAUCGUUCAACUUCUCCUGGAUAGAAACGCCAACAUAAACGCCUCGGGCGGUGAGUUCGGCAAUGCUCUCCAGGCUGCAUGCUGUAGAGGGCAUGGCCACGUUGUGCAGCUCCUUCUCCGCCACGGCGCUGAUGCCAAUGCUAUCUGGGGUGAGUUCGGCAGCGCGCUACAAACGGCUUCUCACUGGGGAUUCAAGGACAUUGUGCAACAUCUUCUCAACAACAAGGCCAACGUCAAUGCUGUCAAUGGCCACUUUGGUACCGCACUGCAAGCUGCGUCACACUGGGGAUUUAAAGAUAUUGUCCGGAUUCUUCUCGACAAGGGGGCCGAUGUCAACGUCACCGGUGGCUACUUCGGCCAUGCGUUGCUCGCUGCGCAAUAUGGAAACGGGAGUGUCUGCGACGACAUUUGUCAAAUUCUCAUAGAACAUGGGGCAAACACUGAUGUUGAGGAUUGA